GCCCAUCUUGUCUUUGCAAUACCCUCUGCUACCUGCUUAAUUAUACACACAGACACACAUGUUUUCCACCAGAACGGCCGCGCGGAAUCUGCUGACAGUCUCGAGGCGGCAGCUGCCCGGUGCCAUGCAGCUGAGCUCGACCCGUAUGCUGUUUGGCGACAAGAACAAGAUCACCAUAAAAUCGCCUGACGAGGUCAAGAGCUAUCCGGCCACUAUCAAGGUGUACACGCGCACAGGCGACAAGGGCACAUCAUCCCUAUUCACUGGCGAGCGGCGUGGCAAGAAUGAUGCUGUAUUCGAGGCACUGGGCACCACUGAUGAGCUGUCGUCCAUGCUUGGCCUGGCCAUUGCCCAUCUUGAGGGAUCCAGUGCCCAGUCGCUGGUACCCAGACUUGAGACUAUUCAGUGUUUGCUACAGGACGUUGGCUCAAACGUGGCCACGCCAGUGAACUCAAAAUCGCAGUCCAAGGUCAAGCGCACGCGGUUUGAUCCGGAUGGCUUCCACUGCACAAACCUGGAGGCGUGGAUUGACGAGAUGUCUGUUGGGCUGCCCGUGCACCGCUCGUUCAUUUUGCCAUCGGGCGGCCUGGCUGCGUCGACUCUGCAUGUGGCGAGGACCAUCUGCCGGCGUGCCGAGCGCACGCUGGUACCGCUGAAGAAUGAUAUUGACAAGGAGUCGAUGAUGUUUGUCAACAGGCUCAGCGACUUUUUGUUUGUCGCUGCGCGCUGGACUGCUAUGCAGCAGAAUAUUACAGAAAAGAUCUAUGUGCACCAGAAGGGCCGCGUCACGGAGUUUGACAAGUAAAGUAUCUUUUUUCUUCUCUACUCGGCCGAAUGCUACGAGCUUACGAGGCUAUAGCGGCAUCACUUGUGUCUAAUAAAUCUGAUGAACGAGUGACU